AAUAGAUCAGUUCUUAUUACUUAAAUAUUGCAGCAUUGCAUUAUUUUCAAGUCAGCUCUGCCGCCCCUCCCGCACUAUGGACUUCGACGAGUGGUUACAGCACACGGAGAUGGAGCGAGAAGCACAUCAGCGAGAAAUGGAGAUGGAGCUAGACGAUCUGGAGGACUUCACCCUCAUGACGAUGUGCAUGUUGGGUCCCCAUUUGCCUCGCGAAAGGGUGCCUCGCCAAAUCGUACCUCGUGAUCACCAUGAUGGUUUCCGUCGGAUAUGGGCAGACUACUUCGCUCCCCAGCCGGUGUAUGGGGACCGGCUGUUUCGAGAACGCUUCCGUAUGCGACGGCAUGUGUUCCUUCGGAUUGUCGACGCGGUGCAGAGGGUGGAUCCUUAUUUCAUCCAGCGUCCGGACUGCACAGGCCUUAUGGGAAUAUCUGCCUUGCAGAAGUGCAUCGCCCCCAUUCGCAUCCUGGCUUACGGAUUACCAGCCAAUGCGGUCGAUGAGUAUGUGCGUAUCGGUCCCUCGACAGCUCAAGAGGCCUUGAAGCAUUUCUGUCGAGCAGUCAUCGAUGCAUUUGGUGGAUACUAUCUGCGAGCGCCAACUGAAGAGGAUGUCCGCCGCCUCGUCGAGGAAGGUGAACAACGGGGAUUCCCGGGAAUGCUUGGCAGCAUAGACUGCAUGCAUUGGACGUGGCGUAAUUGCCCAUCAUCGUGGAAGGGCAUGUUCACCGGCCGUGGGAAAUCACCUUCUAUGAUUCUAGAGGCUGUGGCGUCCAGGAACCUAUGGAUUUGGCACGCUUACUUUGGAAUGCCAGGUAGCUGCAACGACAUCAACGUUCUUCACAGAUCGAGUCUCUUUGACCGCUUCAUGCAGGGGACCUCGACGCCGGUGAACUUCACAGUCAAUGGGCAUUCAUACAAUAUGGGAUAUUACCUGGCAGAUGGAAUCUACCCAGACUGGCCCGCAUUUGUGAAGACCGUCCGUCAUCCGAUGGAGAUGAAGACUCGCCUCUUCGCCGCAAAACAGGAGGGUGCUCGCAAGGAUGUUGAGAGAGCAUUUGGUGUGCUUCAGGCCCGGUGGGCAGUGAUUCGUGGGCCGGCCUAUCCAUGGGACAGGGACGACGUGCGGGAUAUGAUGACCGCAUGCAUAAUUAUGCAUAACAUGAUCAUCGAGGACGAGGGUGACAGCGCAACGAACACCAGCUUUGAAAAUCCCGGGCAGCAUGUCGACCUAUCAACGGGGAACUUGGUGGACCGACAUGCAUUUGUUCAAGCACAUCACCGGCUACGAGAUCGUGAUGUCCAUUUUCGCCUGCAGUCAGAUCUAAUUGUGCAUAAUUGGAACCUACAUGGGUCGAUGGUUACCAGUGCGACCGAUGUGCCACAUGUGUGACCCCCAAUCCCCACGCGCUAAGCAGGUGAAAUACCUCUGUUUGUUGCAAUACAUGGUCAGGGAUCUCGGGCUAUUGUACAGUAUCUUAUCAGCAGUGGUGCCGAUCCAAAUGAAGCAAACAAUCGUGGC